AUGGAGAGAAAGCCUGUAGAGAAGCUGGAGCAUCUCCAGUCCAUGAUAUCAUGUCAAAAAUGGCCUCAUAACAAAGAGUGUACGAUCCUCAGGGAAAGCUCAGAGGGUCAAAGUGGGGUCACAGGCAACCAGUGUGAAGUGGAUAUAGAUGAAUGUACUUCAGCACCUUGUCUCAACAAUGGAAGCUGUGUUGAUGACAUCAACUUCUAUAAGUGCUAUUGCCGAAGAGGCUUUCUUGGAAUAAACUGUGAAAUAAAUGCUGACGAAUGCUUGUCAACGCCUUGUCAUCAUGGAAGAUGCAUUGAUCUCAUAGAUGGCUAUCGAUGCCACUGUGAAGCCGGGUGGACCAGCUCAAGAUGUGAAAUUGACAUUAAUGAAUGUGAAUCAGCUCCAUGUCUUAAUGGUGGCUCUUGUCAAGAUUUGGUCAAUGCAUUUGAGUGCAUUUGCUUGAGUGGAUAUACUGGUGAAUUUUGUGAAGUGGAUAUUGAUGUUUGCGCUGAACCUCUUCUGAACUCAUCGCUCUGUUUCAAUGGAGGUAAAUGUGUUGAUGGCCCUGGAAGAACUUUUUAUUGCAGGUGCCCAGAUGGGUUCUCGGGUCAUUUUUGUGAAAUAAACAUCAAUGAGUGCAACUCUUCACCUUGCCUACAUAACUCAGUCUGUGAAGACCUUAUUAAUGGCUACUUCUGCAGAUGUCAGAGAGGUUGGGAAGGCUUCCACUGUGAAGAUGACAUCAACGAAUGUGCUUCUAAUCCUUGCACACAUGGGAUCUGUACCCAGAAUGAACCAGGCUUGGGUUACACCUGUUACUGCCAGCCUGGAUUUGUGGGGCGAAGCUGUGAGCUUAAUUAUGAUGAUUGCUUAAUGCAGUCCUGCCCUGCUGGAUUUCUUUGCGUGGAUGGAAUAAACAAUGUCAUCUGCUUACCUGAAGUCCCCCAGAGGGGCCAAGCCAUCACCAAAAUGGAAGGAGAGCCCUCUGCUGAGCCAUUACAGAGAGGUCUCACACAAGGCCAGUCAAGCCACCCAACACCUGAGAUGUAUGCAUCUCAGAUUCCCACAGAUUUUAGCUACAUCCAGUACCAAGGAGAUUCUUACAUGGAAUUUCAGGGAUUUGACUUACAUCCACAAAACAACAUCAGUUUAGAAUUCCAGACUACUGGCUUGCAAGGAGUCCUCCUACAUGUUGAGCAGAAGCCACCAACAACGGGACCUUUCUUUAUUCAGCUUUCUGUCAUGCAUGGUGUCUUACAGUACCAAUUUGCAUGUGAUAAGGGGGAAGAAAUUAGAAAUAUCAGUACCAAUGUUAAAGUGGAUGAUGGACAGAAAUACAGCGUGUACAUUAAGCAAGACCUGGUAAUAUGUGCAGCUGAAGUGACUGUACUGGGAGUAACUACAAAAAGAAGCAUGCCCAACAACCUCUGUUCUUCUCUGCUUUGGCGAAAAACAGGGCCAAUAUUUAUAGGUGGCCUGCCACAUCGCUAUGCAACAAAGCAGGUGACUGGAAAUGUCUACAAUUUUACUGGCUGUAUAGAAGUUAAAGAAAUCAAUAACUUGGGACCUUUCACCUUUCCUAAUGCUGUGGACAGAAACAAUGUUGACAGCUGCAGGUUUCCUGUAUCUGGUGGAACAUCAGCAAUCAACCUUGGCAGUGCUUCUGUGGCAGCCGAAGCACUCAAGUCACCUUUGUCCUCACCUGCUCACCCAGCAUUAUUAUCCAUCUGCCAAGAGAACUUGUGCCAUAAUGGAGGAACUUGCCAUCAAAUCUUCCUUCUGGAUGGUGUGGCCUCUUUUCAGUGUGACUGCCCUCUACAUUUCACUGGUCGUUUCUGUGAAAAAGACACAACAUUGUUCUUUCCAUCAUUCAGUGUGAACUCAUAUUUAGAACUACCUUCACUAACAUCUCUGACUGAGACUGGAUUUGCAACAGGACAGGAAUGGAACAGAAUAAUGAUCUACUUGACAGUGAAGACAAGUGCUCUAAAUGGCACUCUCCUUUACACCAGAGAUGACCAUGCUGGAGAACACUUCCUUCACCUUUACCUUGUACAUGGAAGACCAACUCUUCGGUUUGGCUGUGGCACUCCACAGGAUGUUCUGACGGUAACUGCCAACCACUCCAUUAGCAGUGAUGCCCUUGUGCCUAUCACAGUAAGGUAUGAAUUUCUUAUGCUUCAUUGA